CAGCAGGAGUCGGGACGAUCGUCUCAGAUACGACGCUCCAAAUUCUGAAUAUCGACAAACGGAUUGCGACUUCGCCUGGCGUCGUGUUGGGGACUUAGCGUGAUUAACUUUCGUUUGUUUCAGGAUGACAUCCACACUGCUGAUGGUGUCGCUAGUGCUGACGUGGAGUUGCAGCGACGUGGUGCGGUCAUCAUCGGAAUUAAGAAAUAUGCAAAGCGACGCAAAAAACAUCAACGCGGUAGAAACCGACACGGGACGUGACAUCGAACGCCGCGUGACCCGAAGCGACGUGCGCGCUACCUUGGGGAACAAACCGGAACCUGGUUUCUGGCCAGCCCGAGGCAGAAGGAGCUAUUUCGAGGACGUGCCCCCACUCUUCUGGUCGGACGCGCCCCUCCGGCCGAACUCACAGACGCCGCGGAUGCACUGGAGAUCCGCGGCUCCUCACAAACCCAGAGGCAGACUGCAACUCCACACGCCUCUGUUUGCUGAAGAACCCAACUACGUGCUUCUGGACAGACGCGACGAGCCAAAUGUGUCUCCAGACGGGACGAACGAUGACGACCCCUUCUGGGUGGCAAGGGGUCGCCGGCGGUACGAGGCGCGGACUGCUUCAGGCGAGGGCUCACUCUGGGCAGCCAAAGUCAGGCCGACGUCGAUUAGUGGACUGCGCGAACUGAUGUACGCCGAUGAACCUUUCUGGGCAGAAAGGAUCAGAAAGUCAGAUCAUGAUUCGCUUGAGUCGGCUGAAGAUCCGUUCUGGCCAACCAGAGGAAAGAGGAACAUCUUCAGAUUACCGGAAGGUACGCCAAGAAGGCGCGUUCUGAAAUCUCUCUCAGGGAAUGAACUUUGCUGGGCGGCUCGCGGUCGCAGGUCUGCCGAUGAGGAUUCAAGAGACAAACGCGGUCUUCUUGAAUCGCUGUCCGCUGGAGAACCCUUUUGGGCAGCACGUGGAAAACGGCCUGCAGGAGACGAAGAUGAAGAUUCUCAGGACAGAGGCGAACCACUGGAAACAAUUUCUGUCGAUGUCCCUACCUGGACAGCUUUUGGAAAGAAGUCAGCUUUGGACGACGCUCGUCAGUCUCGAGAUAAAUGCUGCCAAAAAGAAUCGAUGUCUGUAGAACGACCUCUCUGGGCCUCACAAAAAAGAGGAAAUGAUGAUGAUGAUGAUGAAUUAGAAGAUAAGAGGGGUAGGAGGGGCAGCUUGCUGGAUUCACUUUCAGCCGAAGUGCCCUUCUGGGCUGCCCGCGGAAAGAAGGACUCUCCACGGAUGACGCCACCGUCGCCAGAGGACCUUUUAUCUCAGAUUCGAACCCAAGAAUCGCCGUCAAAAAGCGACCCGUGGUGGCCUGUGAGGGGAAAGAGGAUUGCGGACACCGACUCAAACCCGAACCCGGAAGAUGAGCGCUUCCGGCACGCCACGGAGAACAGGAGACAAAACAACACAUUUAACCGGAAUCUGGCAUCCUAAACAGCACUCUCAACAUUUCGUAAUUUCUUGGUGGUGUAAGAUGGUGUUUGAAAGGAAAUAAACGAAAAUUAACAA